CUUGCUCCCUCCUCUUCCUUAACCAAAACUCCCCCCCUUUCAACCACUUCGUACACGGAUACAACGAUUCUUCCAAACCACACCACGACACCCAGACCACCACUGGCGGCCCCCUCGGCCCCCCCUUCAUCCGAUUAAACAUCCUCCCCGCCGCGUCUUGCACAUAUUCACAUUACCUCAAUACACGGGCUUUUGUCCACCGAGCGAAACCCCCGUUCGUCGCAAAUCGCGGUUUUCGGUGGUGGUGGACGCGCGCGUCGAGCAUCGGGAGGAUAGUUACCAAAACGGAAAAGAGAGAAGUUCUUUCAUCCACCAUGUCGGACCACGACCACACCCAAGACGCCCACCACGACGCCGCCCACGAACUCCACCACGCCUCCCAACAACCCGACGUCCUCCCUGGCGGCCCGGACCCGGACGUCACCGGCAGCCCCGUCGGCGGCACACCCAAGGAGCGUCACUCCCUCACCCUCGAUCAACGACGCGCCCUCCGCCGCUGGGCCAAUGCCCAGACGAUCCGCCCCAGCCACAAGGCCUGCAUCGACUGGUUCUACGCCCAGUAUGGCCAGCACAUUUCCCAGUCCACCGUCUCCCACUCCCUGAGUCCCAAAUACUCCCGCCUCGAUGGCGACAACCCCCAGCUGAGCGGCAGCCGCCUGCGCUUCGGCAAUUGGCCCGACGUCGAGAAGCUCGUCCUGCGAUGGUACCAGCAGGUCCAGGCCACCGGCCGCCACCCGACCAACGAGGAGCUCGGCGAGAAGGCCAAAGCAAUCUUCACCGCCCUCCCGCGCUACAAGGACGAGACGCCCCCCGAGUUCUCCCCCGGCUGGAUCCACCGCUUCAAGAAACGCUACGGCCUGCUCAUACGCCGCCAGCGCCGCCACGGCGACGGCGGCAUCAACCCGGCCGAAGACAUCGCCUACCUCGCCGAUUGCGUGCCCCGCCUCAUGGCCCUCUCCGCCGAAACCUCUCCCGCCGCCAUCCGCGAAGCCAUCCUCCGCGCCCUCGGCGUCGAAGCGAGUCUCCAAGUCUGCGCCCUUGUCCGCGACGAGGUCCUGCGCCGCCUGAGCGCCGGCGGACCCGCCACGACGAAUCCCAUGUCCCCAACCUCGGCCGUCCAACAUACCCCCGACCCGCACAGCGCCGACACAAGCCUCGUCGGCCCGCCGCCGCCACCACCCCCGCCGGGGAGCGACACGCCCAUGUACGGCGACGAGGACCCGGACAUUGUCCUGCAGAACGCGCUGCGCCAGCUGCAGCAGGAGGAGGCCGAGGCCGAGGCCACGGCGGCCGCGGCGAGAGAGGAGCGCGAGCAGCGGGAGCGCGCGCAGGGGACUGCUGCGGCGGCACUCGCGACGCCCGCCGUGCAGAGGGUCGUAUCUGCGUCGAACCGGUUCAUGCCGUCUACGCCGGAGCUGAACCUGACGCCCAUCAAGAACGACGACCCGGUCUCGGCCAACGAGCGGCCGCUGCGCUGCCCGUUUUGUGUGAAUCAGCGUAUGCUUAGGACGAUUAAGGAGGCUGUCGAGCACAUGUCUACGCACGUUGUUGUCUAGGGAGAUUCGAUUGCAGAAGACUGGGAAGGGUAUUAAAGGUGUGGUGUUCUAGCAAAAGGGAGCAAAAUGAUUAUUGAACGGAAAAUGGAAAAUCCCCAGCGAGGGUUAUUGCAGGAGUUGGCAAUCCAUAUUUCGGGCUGGCCGGCGUAUAUCAGGAGGGUUAUUAGAAGGCGAUGGCCCAGUCACCACUUUCACAAAACGAAAAAAAGGCUCUUUACUGUCAGAUAUGGGAAUGCAGGUAUCAAGGGAGGAAAAAAGCACAGAGAGAAAAGGCACAGAGAGAAAAGGCACAGUCACGUUGUGCGUGUGUAGUCGUGUAUAUAGGUGUAUGAGCGCGGAUGCCUAAGGGAGUUGCUACCUUUUGUAACCUAUUAUUACACAAGGUACCUUAAUGAUGAAUCGUAGGAACGCCAUUUACUCUUCGAC